AGCUCGCAAUGUACUUCCGACGAGCAGAGUCCCCAAGGAGUCGCACGCGGAGCUGCUAGUUGACCGCUUGGAUGAGUCCCAGGCUGCGUCACAGGCUCGUAUGCCGAGUGCCAAUGGACAAGGGCGAUAGCAACACGGGAUGUACAGUGGCGACGCUGUCUAACCUUUGCCCCCCGUACAUUGUGCGUCUCUCCCCAUCCUCCGAAUUUGCGCAAUCUGUUGGAGUGCGGACGUUGCGCGACGUCCUUAACGUCAUGAGACGUUAAGAAGCUGACGUGGGACAUCUUUCAUCUUCCGUUUCCAUGCGGUGACCCAUCGCGUGUGUCGGUGCUGUGCGUGUGGUCUGUGGUGCAACUUUUUAAUUGAAGAAACUCGAAGACAAAGUAGGAGAUGCCGUCCGAAAAGUUAGAGUCAUUAACGGGAACUUUAGUCCUGGCCGUCCUGUCUUCGGGCGUGGGCUCAGCAUUCCAUCAUGGUUAUAACCUCGGAGUUGUCAACGCACCUCAAAAGCUCCUUGAAGACUUCAUCAACUCGACAUACACGGAGCGGUUUGGCGAACCUGCUUCUCAAGCCACAGUUACGCUCAUCUAUAGCAUCUUCGUCUCUGUCUUUUGCGUGGGCGGCAUGGUGGGUGGCUUGCUCACGGCCCUCGUCGCGGAGAAGUUGGGCCGAAAGAAAGGUCUUCUCGUCAACAAUGUCUUCGUCUUCAUCUCUGCCGCCUUGAUGGGCUUUGCACAAAAGGCCGCCUGCUACGAAAUGCUGGUCAUCGGCCGCUUCGUUGUUGGCAUAAAUGCUGGUCUAAGCGCAGGACUAGGUCCUAUGUACCUCACUGAGAUAUCUCCGGUUGCGUACCGUGGAGCUGUGGGAACAAUCUAUCAGCUAGUGCUCACCAUGUCCAUCCUGUUCUCCCAAGUGCUCGGUAUCCCACAGCUGUUGGGAACCGAAGAAGGAUGGCCUAUUUUGUUUGGUGUCCCACUUAUCCCUGCCGUCUUAAUGCUGAUGUCGCUACCCUUCUGCCCGGAAUCUCCGAAGUACCUUCUUCUUGUUAAGGGCAAGCAGGACGAAGCACGGCGAGCUCUCAAAAAAUUACGAGCCGGUGCUGACAUCUACUUUGAAAUGGAAGUGAUGAAGAGCGAAGCGGAAACCUCAGAAAUGAUGCCAAAGAUGACCUUGACAGAGAUCAUACGUAAUCCAGCUCUACGAACGCCGCUUGGUAUUUCUGUGAUGGUGAUGCUCGCGCAGCAGUUGUCGGGCAUCAACGCGGCCAUCUUCUUUUCAACUGAUAUCUUCAUCACGGCUGGCAUGACGGACGACCUUGCCGUCUGGGCAACGCUGGGUAUGGGCGUCGUUAACGUCGUGAUGACCGUCGUCUCCAUGGUUGUCGUCGAACGUGCUGGUCGCCGUACACUACUCCUGGCAGGUCUGGGUGGUAUGGCAGUCUGCACCACAACUCUGACGGCGACAUUGGCGCUCACGCAUCACGGCCAGUGGGUGUCGUACUUGAGCGUUCUGGGACUUAUGGGUUUCGUAGUCACCUUUGCCAUUGGUCCUGGGUCCAUUCCGUGGUUCCUCGUAACCGAAUUAUUCGGGCAGAGUGCUCGCUCCAUCGCCACAAGCAUUGCCGUCGGCGUCAACUGGACAGCGAACUUCGUCGUAGGCUUAGCCUUCCUUCCUCUCAUGGAAUUCGUGGGACAUUACACCUUUGUCAUCUUUACCGUCAUCUUACUCCUUUUCUGGCUGUACAUCUACAAGAAACUCCCUGAAACGAAAAACAAGACCAUCGAAGAAAUCAGCAACAUGUUCAGAGUGCGUGCCUACGGCGACGAGAUCGCCAUGACUAAAAUCGGAGGCAAGACCAAGAGCUGAAUGCCUUUAACAGUCACUGAUCAUUCUACUGUGCCAUACCUUCUGACCUGAUGCAUUAUCACAGUCAUAGGACCUGAGAUAAUGUGUGGCGCAUAUAUAAGGCGCAUAUUCGUAGUUGGUGAAAUACUCAGGUGCAAGCAUUGUACUAUAUGGCCCUAGUUGUUUGUGAACUUACACAGAUGGCAGCACUGGACGACAGGCCUUGCAGUGUCGUCAAAAGUCGUGAGGACCGUGGCAUACGCAUGGGCAGGCGGCGAACGCUCCGCGCUCCAGUCAAAUAUUUUCCGGGACAUUGAAGCGGACUACAAGUUCUGACCUGUUCUCACAUACGGCCCUUUGCUCCACAGCGCUAGAAAACGGCGCUGUUUUUUCAUCCUCGCACUGCUAUAAACCAUUGGGAAACAGCGCUUGUCAGAGUUGCGCUCCUGUCAACCUUUCAGCGCUCAUUUUUUUAGCGCUGGUUUGUGAUCGCCAAUCAAGACGCUGUUUUAUUCAUGACGUUGCCGAAGAUGUAGAUGAUUUGCUUCCUGGUUUUUGCAGUGUUGCGUUGGUGUCGUGGCGAACUGAACAUGGCGUUGGAUUUUCCGUUUCUCCAGCAAGUUGAACUUCUGGGUCGUCAUAGGUUACAGGAAUCAAGAAUCAACAAGGCGAAACGGCGCUUUGUCACGUCCCGAAUGAGGUUCCGCGAGACUUGAGCUGCCGAGCCAAGGAGGUGGUGGGGGCGGAAUAUCUUUAUUAAGAAAAGAAGAAAGGAAAAAUCAGUCAGUCGGAGGUCGGCUUCUACUAAAAAAAAGGAAAAUAGGGAAGAAAGAAAAAGAAAUGGGGGAAAAUGAGAAAAUGGGAAAGAAAAGGAUCGGAAAGGAAAAUAAGAAAUGAAAGACAAAGAAGAAAAGAAACAAAAAGGCAAAGAAGAAAAGCAAAGGAAAGACAAAGAAGAAAAGAAAAAAAAGCCAGCCAGCCUAGCGCUGUGCGCUCUGCUUUGCUAGUGAGAACACGAAGGUAGAAAACAGCGCUUGAUUUCCAGCGCUCUGAAGUAAAACCUGAACGAGAAGUAGAACCUGAAGGUAACCUGAGGAAGUGCAGGCUCGUGCACAAAAGACUUGUUACCAUGUGUAAAUAAGUAAGUUACUCCUACCGUUUAAUAUCACUCUUUGAUCUACUCAUCACCGGCAGCUUGACAUCGCCUAUUUUUCUGCCUUCGUAUCUCCUUAAAACGCCGUAUGUGAGAACAGGCCUUAAUUCUCAGAGACCGCAGUGAAGAAAAAGUGGAACUUGUCGAGCGACGUUGCUUUGCAGUCUGCAUACAUACGCGUUGAUGCAGUCCAGAAAACACGGACAACGUAGAAGACCGGACCGGACAGGACUCGUGCAGGACUGCACGUCGCUUUAUAGACUCGCACACUCGCGCGACAGUAAUUUUGCUGUCCCCCCGCCCUUUACAUUCUUCCUUCUUCACAUUUCAAUGUUUCUCCUACACUCCCAUCGCUAAGCAGCCUGCUUUUAGUGCCAUGGAGUUGACGGAUACAUAGUUGUGCAACUGCCGUAUAUUUCAUUAAACAUCCAUUCAUCAAUCCUAUGAAGUAGAGCCAAAGCUACGCAUGGUUGGCGAAUGCAACUACAUGUUCUCCCCCAAGCCGGCACUCUAAAAAGAAAAUGGGGCAAUUUUAGCCCUUUUGGGGAUUAGACGCAUUUUCACAACCGUUAGUCCCUUACUGAUAUAGGGCUGUUGGAGGAUAUCGAGAGUACACUUCAGAGUCAGGGGACUAAAAUGGGGAGUAAUUUCAACUCGGGGGACGAGAAGCUGUAAUUGCUCGCCAAUUGAGUCAUUUUUUCUUAUAGUGCGCAAAGGCCGAAUGACAAAGCUGGAACGAACUUAAGUACACUGUACGGUUUGCAUUUUUUCUCUACCGCUUUUUUUUCUCUCUCUCUCUCUCUAUUUCUCUUUUUUUUUACUGACGACGUUUGUUGAGAUCUGCAGCCUUUCUCAUUCGCUAAACGGCGAAAAAAAAAAGCCCUGUCGCACUCCAUGACAUUCUGAUGUUGAUGUUGAUGAAGAAAGAUAAUAGGGAGAGAUUCAAUUCGUCACACGACGAAUUCGGGUACUCCCAUGACAUUAUGUUUAACCUUCCAGUACACACACCCCUGUGUUUGUGCUACGCAGGACCCAGCUUGUAAACUUCAUCUUCCCCUGUUUCUCCAUUCACUCCCAUUCGUUCAAGCUGGUCGGACUCUACUGUGUAUUGCGCAAAGUACGAAUUUUGUCAAAGUACAAAUACACGAGUAUAGAAAGUGGUAGCAAGCAAUAAACGCAUCUUGUGUCGUAA